AUGGCCACCAAGGGGAACUCCCUGCGCGAUCGCCAAAUAGCUUCUCUCAAGAAGAUUCUCAACCUCAACGAGACGGUCGAGUCAGCCGAAGCCGACGAAGCGCUCGCAAACGGUCUGCUUGCCCCCGUCGCUCCCAUCCUCGACGCCGACGGCAACCCCAUCUGGAAGGUGUUGGUGUUUGAUGAUCUGGGCCGAGAUGUCAUCAGCAGUGUGAUGCGUGUCAGUGACCUGCGGUCAAUGGGUGUGACCAUGCACAUGCACAUUGGCGGCUCCAGACACCCGAUCCCAGACGUCCCUGUCAUCUAUCUUCUCGAACCGAAUGCGAAGAACCUCGAGGCCAUCACUUCGGACUUGCAAAAGGGACUGUACUCGCCAGCCUACAUCAACUUCCUCUCCUCCCUGCCCCGCGUCCUUCUCGAGGAGUUUGCGACACAGACAGCAGCCGCGGGAACUUCAGAGCACAUCUCCCAGCUGUUCGACCAAUAUCUCAACUUCAUCGUUGCCGAGCCGGACCUGUUUAGCUUAGGAAUGCAGAACGAGCACACGUAUUGGGCUUUGAAUAGUGCAGCAACAAGUGAUGCCGAGCUUGACCGGGUGGUGGAUAGGAUCGUGAGCGGACUCUUCAGUGUUGUUGUUACUAUGGGCGUUAUCCCCAUCAUUCGAUGCCCCAAGGGCGCCGCGGCGGAGAUGGUCGCUGCGCGACUCGACCGCAAGCUCCGAGAUCACAUUCUCAACUCCAAGGACAACCUAUUCUCGGGUCCUCGACCAACCGCAUCCUCUGGCACACCUUCCUCCCGACCCGUCCUAAUUCUCCUAGACCGCAAUGUCGACUUGAUACCCAUGCUGUCGCAUUCUUGGACCUACCAGUCCCUGGUUCAUGAUGUUCUUAACAUGAAGCUGAACCGAAUCACAAUCGAGGCUCCGGUGGAAGAGGGGAACCCAGCACGAGGCACAUCGAAAAAGGGCUACGACUUGACCGCAAGCGACUUCUUCUGGGCCAAGAACGCUGGCAGCCCGUUCCCACAGGUGGCAGAGGAUAUUGACGCUGAAUUAACCAAGUAUAAGGAGGAUACGGCUUCGAUUACGAAAAAGACCGGCGUGACUGAUCUGGAGGACCUCCAGAACGAUACAAGCGCAAGCGCCCAACACCUCAAGGCAGCGAUAACGUUGCUUCCCGAGAUGAGAGAGCGCAAGGGCAUCCUCGAUAUGCACAUGAACAUCCUGGCAGCCUUGUUGACAGGUAUCAAGGACCGCCAACUGGACAACUACUUCCAACUCGAAGAGGGUAUUGUCAAGCAGACCAAGGCCCAAAUCAUGGAGAUUAUCAAGGAUGACAACAAGGGCACUAACCCUGUCGACAAGCUGCGACUGUUCAUCAUCUGGUACCUGAGCACCGAACAGGAGGUCGGCCGAGUGGAAUUUGAAGGCCUGGAGAAGGCUCUCGCAGAAGCAGGCGCAGAUGUCUCAUCUCUGCCCUACGUCCGACAGGUUCGCGCGACCACCAAGAUGACGCAACUGACGACAAUCAACAACACAACUCAGCCAGCCCAAUCGUCAGACCUCUUUGGGCGAUUCUCUUCCAUGUCAUCCCGCCUCACUGAUCGCCUCAAGGAAUCCGGCGUACCCACCGGCCUGUCUUCCAACUUUGAGAGUCUCAUCAGCGGUGUCAAGAACUUCCUUCCUGCUGAUCGUGAUUUUACUGUCACCAAGAUCGUUGAGUCGAUCAUGGAUCCUUCAUCGGCUUCUUCGUCUGCGAUCGCCAAGACAGAGCACUACCUCUACUUUGAUCCUCGAUCCGCCAACGCUCGAGGUACCAUGCCUCCCCCAAGUGCGGUGCGCUCCGGGGCAGGAGCUAGCACACCAGGUGGUAUGCCAGGGCCGCAAGCACCCGGACAGACGGCCAGCUUUGGUCAGCGCCGACAGGGAUUUAGCGAGGCAGUGGUGUUUACCGUUGGCGGUGGAAGCAUGGACGAAUAUGGAAACUUGCAAGAGUGGGUAGGCCGAGCUGGAGGAGACAAGGCCAAGAAGAGGGUCGUUUAUGGCAGCACUGAAAUGGUGAAUGCCGCAGAAUUCAUUGCACAAGAGCUGGACAGGUUAGGAAAGGAGGUGGCAUCGUGA